UUUCAUAUCUCGUUGUAUUAGGUGGUUAGGUUAGAAACUGUAGUCAAAUCUUCUUCUUAAUAUUUGACGUCACCGUUUCACCAUAUCUGACGUCAUCACGUUGCCAUGGCACCCAGUGUAGCGGGGAAAUUCCCUUCCAUAUCUCACCCGUUGUCAAGAUUGGGCAGCAGAGAACAACUUUCUAUUAGCGGGACGUCACGUGAUGGAGCGCAGUCCGUUGAUUGGUCAUUCGCCUCACCGUCUCCGUCACCCGUGAGGAGCCGAAGUGUGGCGGGUUCGAAUCUCAGCGAAAGGACUUCUGUGGACGGUGGAAGAAAACUUAAAACGGAAGAAAUAAUCGCGACACUUGAAGAAAAACUUCGUUCAAAUAAUUUUCAUUCUGUCCGAAAAUUGUUUCGAUCUAACGACCCUAACGGUGAGGGAAAAGUAACGAAAGAAGCUUUUUGUCGGAUACUGUGGCAUUUAUGUGGGUACUUGUCUACAAGGCAGAUCAGCCAUGUUCUAAAAAGGUUAUCUUUGGAUAAAAAAACCUCGAUAUCGUUCGAAGAUCUUGUUGCUUGUUUUCGUCAAUCGGUGUCACAGGGUGGAGCUACAGAGCAGGAGAAAAAUGCCCAACUUUUCAAACCGCCAUUUUCGGCCCCAGAUCGACUUUAUGAGAGAUCCCAUUCCACCCCCCAACCCUCAAAUAUCCGCUCGAUGGCAUCAGAGAGCUUGGCUAAUGAAGCGGAACAUUCUUGGAACGAGUUGAAAAAGUUAGCGAGCACUAGAAAUUUGGAUUUUCAUGAUUAUUUUCCCCCCAUGUGUUUUGGUGAAGGAGCUUACGUAAUACCUGGUCAACUAAGGGAAUGUUUGACUAAACUCAACAUUCUGUCUUCUGAUGCUAUUUGUGCAAAAAUAUUUCGAAGGUUUGGAAAUAUAUGCUUUAUGGAGAUUGGUUGCCAAUAUUGGUGUCACAUUUGCCCGGCGCCGUGGCGUAGUGGUUAGCAUGCCUGCCUCUAA